GGUGCCGCUCUAGCCCCCUCGCGUCUAUGGUGUCGCCAUCCUCUUCCUCCUUGGAGGGUCGGGGGUCCGAGCCAGCGCCCCUCCCCCGCCAUGGAGGCUGCUGGGUUGUUCCCCAACCGGGACCAAAACAUCUCUGUGGAGGAAAGGUUUCCUUCGCAUCCCGGCCCGAACGAGGAGAUGAGUUCGAACCAGGACAACAACGAGAACGGAGCUCAGGGGGACAAUUUUGAAGAUCCGAGCCAGCUGUGGAAGGUACCGAAACCGGAAAAGGAUGGAACCCAAGGAAUACACCUGCAAAACAUGAACAAGGAUUCCAGAAGGAGCAGGAAAAAAUGGGAAACUUGGCUUUGCCGCUCAGUAGCCCGGGAGCGUCCGGAGUUAUGUGCCUAUGGUUCACGGUGCCUCUACAAGCACGACAUCCAGGAAUUUUUGGCCAUGAAGCCACCGGACCUCGGAGACCGGUGCGUGGCCUUUGAGACAUUCGGCAAGUGUCCCUCUGGCGUCGCCUGCCGGUUCUCCAGAGCCCACGUGGGAGAGGACUACAAAAACCUUGUCAACGUGGACCUCUGGAAGCAGUGGGAAGGGAAGCAAGUGAAGAACAGACUCUCGGAGGAACUUUUCAAGAAGGUGCAAACGGUGGAGUUUUCCUUGGACCGUUCCGUGGAGUACAUGUCGGCCGCGCCCAUGUCCCGCUGCGCAGAGGGUCCCGGGGGUCACGCGUCGGCGGACACCACAGCGGUCCGAACGUCCGGCACCGUGACAGACGAAGAUAUCGUGAGACUGAGACCGUGCGAGAAACGAAAGCUGGAUUUCCGCAACAAGCUGUGCUUUUCCUCGACAGAAAGGAUCAGCAAAAUCCCGUUUCGGAGGAUAUGCAAGCAGUUCGGGGCCGACAUCACCUGCACGGAGAAGACGAUGUGCGAUCAUUUGGUUAACGGGAGGAUGUCUCAGUGGGCGCGGCUGGAGCGGCACCACACGGAAGAUGUCUUUGGCGUCCAGCUGAUCGGCACGGCGCCGACCGACAUGAUCCGAUGCGCGGAGCUGAUCCAACAGACCCUCGAAGUCGAUUUUGUGGAAGUCUGCGUCGAUAACCCCUGGAACAUGUUCCACGAUGAGGGUGAGGGCAGUAACAAACUGGACCACAACUUUAGAUGGAAGCUCGAAGGCAUGAACUAUGUCCUGGAUGUUCCAUUGGCCUUGAAGAUGUGCACUGGGUACAGCAAAAGGCUGUUGCCUCACGAAAUAAUUCCCAGCCUCCGGGACUGCGGAGUCUCUUUGGUCACGCUUCACGGCCAAAUGAAACAGAAGAAGAAUAAAAAGAAGUCUGUAGACUUGGGUUACAUCGCGGAUUGCGCCCGGAUCGCCAGCCCCAUGCCUCUUUUCGGAAACAGGGAUAUUUACUCUUUCGAAGACUUUAAUCUAGCCAUGGCGAGCGGAGUUUCGGGGGUGUUAAUUACUAGGGAGGCUCUGAUCAAGCCGUGGAUCUUCACCGAAAUCAAAGAGCAGCGGCAUUGGGACAUCUCGGCGCGGGAGAGGCUCGAAAUGCUGAACGAUUUCAUUAAGCACAGCCUGGAGUUCUGGGGGUCGGACGAUUCCAACGUGGAGAAGACCCGGCAGUCCCUUCUGGAAUGGCUCUCGUACCUGUGCAGGUAUGUUCCCGUUGGCACGGUGGAGCACCUGCCUCCGACGAUCAAUGACAAGCCCGGCCCAUACGUGUACGGAGACUACUUGGAGAACCUAAUGGCCAGCCAAGAGAAGGAAGACUGGAUUAAGAUCAGCAACAUGUUUCUGGGUCCCAGGCCUGAAUGAUUCAUUUUUCCAGCCAACAUAUAAUGGAGGGCCGCGUCCACGAAGGAAGUCAGCGUUCGCACGCCGUGGGGCGUUUCUUUUCUUCCUGCUUUGAAUACAUUUUUUAAACCGGCGCAUUCUUAAUUUGGUCCUAAAUUCUAAAGUUUCCUCUUGUCCGGGAGGUUUUGAGGUCUACUUGCAUUUCUUUUUGCCUGUAAGAGGUGUUGAAGCUCAGCUGUGCCCCCAAUAUUGACCUGGGCUGCCUGGGGGAUCUCACCAGCAACCUCGCGUCCUCACCAGAUCCCUGGAGCGCAGGCAUAGAUGUCAGACUGCUAGAGCGGCACGCCGUGGAGGCUUCGGGUCCAGACCACAAUUGCACCUUCCCUUCUUAGCUAUAGUCAACAUUACCUAAAGAAGAUCAUCGAGAUACAAAGGGCCGGAGCAGCGACGCCGAGAACCAAAUUAAACCAGAAGUUUUGACCGAUGUAUCACUCCGACGUUUCGUCUGUCUGUAGGCACAAAGGGCAGCGCUUAAUAAAAAAAUAUCCCACCCCAUAAUUUUCUGGCAUUAUAUCAUAGAAUCAUAGAAUAGCAGAGUUUGACGGGUCCUACAAGGCCAUCGAGUCCAACCCCCUGCUCAAUGCAGGAAUCCACCCUAAAGCAUCCCUGACAGAUGGUUAUCCAGCUGCCUCUUGAAGGCCUCUAGUGUGGGAGAGCCCACAACCUCCCUAGG